AUGGAAAUCAUGGAUCACGGCCCUAUACCUUUAACAGCUCGUGAGGCGGCAUCGGGUCUCUUUGGCUCAGUCUCUAUGACCUGCUGGUUUUUCCUUUUGGUACCCCAGCUAAUUGAGAACUAUCGCAAUGGCAACGCAGAAGCCAUUUCUCUCCUCUUCAUCUCUGUCUGGCUUAUUGGCGAUAUCGCAAACCUCGUUGGCGGCCUACUAGCCGGACUCGUGCCUGUGAUCGUUGCGAUCGCGGUAUACUUCUGCAUUGCAGACGGCGUGCUGAUCGCGCAAUGCGUGUACUAUAAAGCACGCAACUCGCGCCCGGAACCUUUCCAUCGCCGACGCUCGUCCACGGAGACUCCGGACCCAACUACCCCAUUACUGGGGCGGCGAUUCAGUGACUCUCUCGCGUCUUCUGAGUCACGGCGUCGGUCGUCGGGCUCACUGCGCCGCUACCAAGCUGGUGGCCGGCGUGAAAGCGAGGUCGAGGACACCCUGGCAAAGAUCGUCGAGGAGAAUGACUAUGGGCGUAAGGCGUGGGUCAAGAAUUUUACCAGUGUUGUUGGGAUUUUCCUCAUUGGUAUUGUGGGUUGGACCAUGGCUUGGCAGACGGGAAUGUGGGCGCCGGCGCCGUUGGACAAUAAGAAUGGUUCUGAGGAGGCCAUUGGCGGACUGGUGCUGGGAUAUUUCAGUGCUGUAUGCUAUCUGGGAGCGAGAUUGCCUCAGAUCUACAAAAACUACAGUGAGAAGUCAUGCGAAGGAUUGUCGCUCUUGUUCUUUAUUCUCUCUCUUCUCGGAAACCUAACGUACGGUGCAGGAAUUCUUUGCCAUUCUACAGAGAAAGAAUACUUCCUCACCAAUCUUCCAUGGUUGAUUGGAUCCCUAGGAACUAUGGUUGAGGAUGUGAUUAUCUUCAUCCAAUUCCGAAUUUACGCUGUUCAGGACCCUCGUCUCUCAGCAAUCUCCUAA